AUGGUCCAGAUUAACAUGUUCGGGACGGGGACCGUCCUGCAAUCUGCAAUUUGGACGGCGUGUGGAAUGGCCUUUAUUCUAUUUGGCUACGAUCAGGGCGUAUUCUCCGGAAUUGUGGAAAACGAUGACUUUCUGGACACCAUGAACCGCCCCAAUGACAGUUUAAUGGGCAUCAUCGUGUCGAUAUACAACCUAGGCUGUUUCUCUGGGUGUGUUGUGAACUUCUUCAUCGGCGAAUGGCUUGGACGGCGUAAGGCUAUGUGGUUGGCUAUGGUCUGGGUUCUGAUCGGCGCAGCGUUGCAAACAUCCGCCUUCUCCGUUCCUCAUCUCAUGGUUGGUCGAUUUGUCACCGGUAUUGGCACCGGAAUUGAGACCUCGACUGUGCCUAUGUACCAAUCGGAGUUGUGCGAGGCUUCGAAGCGUGGAAAGAUGGUUUGCAGUGAGCCAUUGCUUGUUGGUGUGGGUAUUGUGGUUAGUUACUUUUUCGACUAUGGCAUGAGUUUUGUUGGAGGUCAGAUUGCCUGGAGACUUCCCAUCGCGUGUCAGAUGAUUUUCGCUAUCGUCGUCAUCGUGCUUGUUUUUGGACUUCCCGAAUCUCCGAGAUACUGUUAUAAAGAGGGACGCAACGAGGAGGCCCUGCAAAUCCUGAGUGACGUGUACGGUCGGCCUAAAGACGACGAGAAGAUCCAGGCUGAGCAGGCCGAGAUUCUCGAUGCCCUUGCUGUCGAGUUAAAGCAUGGAGAGUAUCAGUGGAGAAAUAUCUUCAGAAAGGAUGAAGUUUCCACGGGUUAUCGAGUUCUACUCGCCUACGGAAUGCAAUUUAUGAACCAAAUCGGCGGUAUUAACCUCCUCGUGUACUUCAUUCCUACCGUUCUCAGCAACAAUGUCGGUCUCAGCAAAAACCUCUCCCUCGUUAUCGGCGGAUGCGUUCAGAUUAUGUUCGCCGUUGGCAGUUUAUUCCCUGUGUUGUUCGUCGACAAGGUCGGUCGAAGAGCGCCUAUGAUCUGGGGUUCAUUCGGACUGGGAAUUUGCAUGAUGAUGGUCUCGAUUCUACUCAGCUUCAAGGGAACAGACGUUGAGAAGCCCACUGCGUCGGCUUCGAUCGCGUUUUUCUUCAUCUUCAUGCUCAUCUUUGGUGCCUCUGUCAAUUGUAUCCCAUGGUGCUAUGUCCCAGAGAUUUUACCUCUUCACGCCAGAGCUAAGGGGACGGCCGUGGGUACCUCUUCUAACUGGAUCUGGAAUUUCUUCGUCGUCAUGAUCACCCCUGUGAUUAUCAACCGUCUGCAAUGGAAAGCGUACUUGAUCUUCAUGUGCACUAACUUUGCUUUCGUGCCGCUGGUGUACUUCUUCUAUCCGGAGACUGCGAACUUCACACUAGAGGAAAUUGACUUCCUCUUUACGAACCCGGACAAGGGACCCGUGAAGCUUUCUAAGGAGCUUCACAAAGAGAGAAAACGGGGACAGGGCAGGAGUAUUGUUGCCGAAGCUGGGAUUACGAGGCGGGCGAGUGAUGGCAAGAAUCUGGGGAGUGAUAUGUUUGAGGAGCAGGUUGAGAAGGUUUAG